UUUCUCAGUGUUCUCUAUUCUCCUGGUGGCCCAUACUCAAUACAUCUAAUGGAUGACAUGGAGUUGGUCAGUGUUGGAAGCUGAGGACUUGUUGAGAGGGUUGGUGUAUGCGCAUGGAAGCUAGACAAGUGGAAACACCUGGACAUACUGUUGUAGCAGGGACAUUACAUCAGUGUUACGUUUAGUGUCAAACAAGAAAAACUGGGAAGUGGACCCAAAUACAGACUAGCAGGCAGAGCUGGUGCAGAUAGAUGAUUUAAUAAAUUUCACAAUUGCUCACACAGGAAUUAAGGCAGACAGAAAUGAACCAACCAGGAGAGCAGUCUGAACAGGCAAUAGAGUCCAAAGUAAAACAGACAAAAUCCAAAAUUCACAAGACAUGGGGAAAAAGUCCACACAAACACAAGGGACAAAGAACAUGCCCCUUGAUACAAAGUACUACAACAAUCUGACCCAGAACAGCAGGAGACACAGACUUAAAUACACACAGCUAGGGGAGACAAUGAGACACAGGUGGAAUCAGUAAGGGCAAGCGAACUAAUCACAAGCAGGAAGUAAAACUACACAAGACACAUGAGAGAGAACUCUUACCAAAAUGACAGGAAAUAACAGAACACAAACCCAAAACCAUGACAAUCAGAGGGAACCCACAGGAUCACACAAUGCAUCUUGUUGACUGGUUUCUGACAAUAGACAAUUUUAGCUGGCAAUGCACCAGUGUUUUACAGCUUUAGGUGCAAAGAGUAUGAGGCUGUCUUAACCACCAGCAGCUGGACAGAGAGAACAAGUGCAAGGAGGCCAGCUCAAAAGUGCUACAGCACAUUGAGACACAGUUUAGCCUGGCCACUCUCCCUGCAGGGACCACUCCAGGCACCCAUUGUUCCUCUAAGUAAACUUACAGACAGAUGCCCUGGCUGCACCCCAGUGUGGGAGAGAGCGCAAAGAGUCAGGAGGAGGGAGAUAUUUAGCGACUGCAGAGAGCAAGCAGACAAUACGAACCUGGAAACACUGCAGGCUAGCUUCAUCCCCAGCACCUCUGCAUCCUCUUCGGUCUGCUGCCUGUCUGCUUGUUGUCACUGUGGAGUGGAGGUCUGAUGUUCUGACACGAUGCUGCUGCUGAUAUCACUGCUGCUUAGCGGACUCGACUGCUUGCUGGGAGCUCCGACAGGUCGAGAAGUAUACAGGAUGCCACCGAGUGCGCUCAAAGCUCUGUCUGAUCGUGGCACUGUGGUUCUAGAGGCGGCCAUGACUAGUGCCCUGUCUGCUGUCGAGCGUGCAUCAUCUGAGAGGAGUCGGGCUGAAGCAGGCUGCCGGGGCUGUGUUCCCUGUUUGUUUCAGGACUGUGGACAGCUGUCUGGGUCCUGCUCAUCUCCUGCCAAUGCCUUAUCAGAGCCCAGCUGUGAUGUCAUCAGUAAGGCCCAGAAGCUUCAAGAUGAAGCUGAGCGGAGUUGGGCUCUGAGCCAGGCCUGUGCCUACUAUCAGCAUCGCUGCCCACCUGGUGAACUGGACAAGGAGAGCUGCAUCAGGAUCAUGGGUGAGAGUUGCAGCGCCCGUGUCCUCCAGUGCAGCCUGCUUAACACAAUGCAGAACCUGGAACCUGCUACACAGACGCAUGCACAGGCAGUGUGUGGUCAGAGGUCGUCCACAGUGCACAACAUCACACAGCCUCGCUCCAGGAUUGUGGGCGGCUCCCCUGCUCCUCCAGGCAGCUGGCCAUGGCUGGUCAACCUCCAGCUAGAUGGUGGCCUGAUGUGUGGAGGGGUCCUGGUGGACAGCUCUUGGGUGGUCACUGCUGCUCAUUGUUUUGCUGGCAGCCGUAGUGAGAGCUACUGGACAGCCGUGGUGGGAGAGUUUGACAUCACCAAGACUGACCCUGAUGAGCAGGUUCUCAAAGUGAACCGCAUCAUCCCUCAUCCUAAGUUCAACCCAAAGACAUUCAACAAUGAUAUAGCCCUGGUGGAGCUGACAUCUCCAGUGGUCCUGUCCGACCGCGUCACCCCGGUGUGUCUCCCCUCUGGCAUGGAGCCCCCUACUGGUAGUCCAUGUCUGGUGGCAGGCUGGGGCUCUCUCUAUGAGGAUGGCCCGUCUGCUGACGUGGUGAUGGAGGCCAAGGUGCCCCUGCUGCCUCAGAGCACCUGUAAGAGUGCCCUUGGUAAAGAACUGGUCACCAAUACUAUGCUGUGUGCUGGCUAUCUCUCCGGAGGCAUAGACUCCUGUCAGGGAGAUUCUGGAGGCCCCCUGAUCUACCAGGAUCGAAUUUCAGGUCGGUUCCAGCUCUACGGCAUUACCUCUUGGGGAGACGGCUGUGGGGAGAAGGGGAAGCCUGGAGUCUACACGCGAGUGUCUGCUUUCUCUGACUGGAUUCAGGCUGAGAUACAAAAAUCAUUUGGAAGCAGGGAGCCAACGUGUCCGGAGCUUCUAAAGACAACAGAAAUGACGGAGGAGGAACAGAGGUCGGAGUUCAGCUCUCUCUGUCACUUCUAUACCCUGACCUGCUCCCCUGGUCAGUCUUCCAGUGCUUGUGGCCGAAUGGCCUAUGACAAGUGCCUCACCCGCUUCAAGAAAUGUCAGUUGCGUUCGUUCCUGCAGACUCUGCUGGACUUGCUCCAAAGGGCCGAGGACUACAUCAGGGACAAAGUCGACUUGACCUUCUUCACCCAGACUCUGCCUCAGCUGGUGGAGCACAUCUACAGCACAGCUUUCACUCACACCAGAGAGAGGAGGGACCUGGGCCAGAGCCAUGGUCUCACAAAGAUUGAAGAACAGCUAGGUGGCGCUGUGGUGCCAACAGAGCAGGGUCCUCCACCAGUUCCUCCAGCCUUAUUUGGAGAGGUGGGACCCUCAGUGGAUGACUGGGAGAAAUACCUGAGAAACAUGGCUGAGGACAUGGACACAUCCACAGACAUCUCUUCCACACUAACGAGACAGGAGGACAACCUUUUCUUACAGACAGAGGAUUCCUCAGUACAUCAGCUUGAGGGAGAAUUUCGAUCUGUUAUCUCAGCUCUUCGCUCCAAAUUGGACUCCAGAGCUGCUCCUCCCAUCCUGCACUUGGACACAGUCUACCUCCAGGAGGAGUCUCCCAACAGUCCCCCUUUUCCUACUUCUUCCACUGUCCACAUGGGUCACUCCUCCUCCUCCCAGGAAUGCCAGCAACCCUGGUCACUUCUAACAGCCCUGAUGAAUGAAAUUCAGAAAUUAAGCACACAAGAUGACAUUGUGACAGAAGAUCCAUCACAAAGUGAAACCUCAUCCAAUAGAGACACUUCUCCUGAUUCAAAAUGGAGUGCAACGUCGGAGGAUUUGAUCUUUGAUGAGACUGGAGACAAAACAGAAUUGAAAUCUUCAGCGUUACCGCUUCCAGUGCUGUCAACAACUGUCGUUGAGCCGGUCACUGAGGGUGCUCACACAGAGACGACCGGUGACCCCAGGCAAACUGUGCAUGCUGUAAAGACUUUAAGUCUUCACAGAAAAUACAGGAGCCUUCUUCGCAAGAGGCAGAUACCUGGGGCCAGUGGGAAAAUUUGUCCUGGAGUGAGAGAGUCCUCACAGCAAGUCAGCCAAGUCAGAGACUCUUACAGCUGGGUGUUAAGCAUCCCAAGCAAAAACCUACGCAUGAACUUCCAAGAGGUGUUAGUUGAUCUAAGCUCCAAGAAUGAUCGAGGACUUUACCAGGCGCGGGUCAGAGCAGUAGUGGGAGGACGACCUUUGACCUUCUACAGUCUUGUGGGCCUAGAGAAUGAGUCAUUCUACCGCAGUGUGCCAAGGAUCAUCGCUUUGGCACUGGAGGCACUCAAGACUUAACUUUAUCAUAACAUCAAGUGAGAUGACAUGAACAAUACAAGAAAGACUUAAAUGAGAAAUGAUAGCACAGAGACUCUCAAAGAGACCUGUCUGAAAAGCACCAGAAACCCUCUCAUCAUGGGACAGAGAGAUGCGCAUAAAACGCACACUCACACGAACUUUACUUCUGCUGCCGUCUCCUGUGAAAAGCAUUUUUUUUCCCCAUCUGAGUGCCUGACUUUGGCUCUAAAUGAAAACACAACCAUGAAUGUAUCAAUCCAACUAUCGACCACCCACCAUGCA